AUGAAGAAGGCAUUCAGGCCUCAAGCAAGCAGCGCACGCUCUUUUGGAGGUACUGGCUUUGGUGGGGGUUUUGGUGCCUCUGGAUUUGGUGUAUCCUCGUCGCCGCUGUCAUGGAUCGGUGAACCGCCGGACCUUUCGAAUAUCUCGGACCCCAAUGUGGGAGUCGCAUUCAAGAAUUUGACCAAGAAGGACAGCACAACCAAGGCCAAAGCUCUGGAGGAACUUCAGCAAUACGUCUCUGCUCCGGAUCAGCAGAUCGAGGAGGCAGUCUUGGAAGCAUGGGUCAAACUAUACCCUCGUCUAUCGAUAGACAGCGCUCGUCGCGUGCGUCAAUUAGCACACAACGUUCUUGGUCAAAUCGCUGUCAAAAGUGGAAAGAGAAUGGUGAAACAUAUGUCCAGAAUCGCAGGACCUUGGCUUGCAGGCGCACAAGAUAGUGAUCGUGCUGCUGCCAAAGCUGCUCAAGAUGCUCUCAAGCACGUCUUCAACACUCCCGAGAAAUUGCAGAACCUUGGGAAGGCUUUCCAACAACCAAUUCUUGAACAUUGUAGAGACGCUCUUCUGAACGAGACUGUCCAGACAUUGAGUGACGAGCGCAGCGUUAGUCCUGCUGAUGCUCAGGCGACCUACUCACGAGUCGUUGCCACAAGCAUUGCCGUUAUCUCCAACCUUCUUAAUGACCUUGCCUCAGAAGAGGUGGCCAAACAGCAGGAGACAUAUGAGGGCAUCGUUGGCCAGAGCAAGAUAUGGGAGUUGGCAUCCUACAAAGAAGACGUUGUUGUGAGGAGGUCUAUCCAUCGUUUCUUGCGCACAUGCUUGUCUAAGCAAAAGGCUGCUGUUGAAGCCAACUUGUCGACCAUCAGCGAAGCUUAUAUUUCAAAGGCCCUUCCUCACGAUCAGACCGGUUCGUCUUAUGACUUUAUGCUGGCUCUUGUGGAGCUUACAGGUGCUUUCCCUCAUGCUUGGACUACAAGCUAUACAUCAAAGAAGCCAGCCAGCACAAGAUUGAGAGGCUGUAUCAAGCGUGGUUCUCAGGCUGGGCCUGCUGAGUUCUGGACUAAUGCCUGGAUUUUAUUUAGCAAGUUGCCUGCAGAGGUCUUGCCUCAGAAAUACUCGGAAGCCGAGGAAUUGCUAAACGCAGUGCAUGAUGGUGUCAGCCAGAAGGACGAUCGCUUCAAUGCAUCUGCAGCAUGGUUCACCUACUUCAAAAUUCUCGAUCUGGUCCAAAACACUGCGUCUCUAUCUGAUGAGGAGCAUGAAACUCUGCUGAACAAGAUGGUCAUUCCCGUAAUUGAGCAGUAUUUGCGACCAUCUCCCAGCACCUCAGAUUGGCUCAUCUCUGGAGCCAAGCCUGCUUGGAACGUUUCGAAAGCUGCAUUCUGCAAGCGUUUGCCAGCCGUUCUGGAGAAGAGGUGGCCCGACUAUGCUGCGCUACUUGUUGAAGACAUCCGAACAUCACUUCCUGAGCAAUCCAAGGACUUUGAAAAGUCACAAGCGCACGUUGCCUCUGCUGCCGAAAGAUGGGCCUUGCUUCAGUCAGAGCUUCUACGCCAGGAAUAUCACCUCCCUGAAUCUCUGCGAAUCGUCUUCUCCCAGACAGCCAAAGACAUCGUCAAAGCAUCCGUUGAACUACUCAGAGCUAGGAAUGGCAAGCCGUAUGGCGCUGCUGCCGCACUCGACGAGUUGCAAAACCAUUGUAAAGCUCUGCUUGCCAAGGACCAGGAAACUCAAGACAUCAUCGCAAGUUUCGUCGUUGAGGAUUUGCCAAAUCUGAUGUCUUCACCCUCGCAGAGACAGCUCGUUUCACUUCUAUACCACUUCCAGACCGACUCUCGUUUCGGCGACGCAUGGAGUAAGACUGCGACUGCUCUUGGCAAUAGCCCAGACUCAGAAGAGAAGUUGAACGCUUUCCGCGAUCUAUUAGCUUCACCUAGGGUCAAACCUGCCGCAGAGAUCGCUGCUCAGAAUGGCGAUAUUCAAGCCUUCCUGCAGCGCCAGUUCAAAUCUAGCUUAGAAACAGGGGAGCAAUGGAGUUUUGUCUCGGGUAUCCUCAAGGGUACACCUAGUGUGGCUUCUACAGAAACUGUUGACAAUAUGCUAGCAGACCUUACUGCUUCGCUAUCAAUCUCAGACAAGGCCGAUUCUGCUCUGAAUGGCUUGCAAGAGAUUUCACGAAGCAACAAGACUCUUGUCAAGGAGCAUAUCAAGAAGCCCAAUGGAUCUCAGCUCUUGCCCAACCUUCUGCUCUUGGAGGAAUCUGCUAAUGAACCACUGGCUGCCAAAGCCUCUAGCAUCAGUAAGAGUAUUGUUACCGAGGCAGACAAGGCUGGUUCCCAGACUAUCCUCUUUGAUGUUGUGCAUCAGAGUUUGAGAGAUGUAUCAUCGAGCUCACUUCCAAUGCCUCAAGUCCUUGACAUGGCUGCCAACCUUAUCAAGGAUAGUGAUCUUGAUCAGAAGAAGCAGGAAGUCGCCAAGCAAGCCCUGCCUGAUUUGGAGUCUUGGAAGUCUGCGAUCGCGCCAUUUAUUGCAAUUGCGCCUUCAAUCGCGCUUGCUAUCACUAAUGUCUUGGGAGGUGCAACUUACAUGGUGGACCCUGAGACCAAGUCAGAUCCUUCGAAGAUCUUGAGGGAUGCGGACGGCUUAUCACAGGCUCUGAGAUAUGCAAUGUACACCUCGAGGGUGUACUCCAACAGUGCUCUUCUACAAGCACUUGAGUCGGACACACAAACAGAGCUGUUCCAGCUCUUCUACAUCACGCACAUUCUUCUGACCGAAAGUAUCUCUCUAACGGCAGAUAGUGGCCUUGCUUCUUCCAACCCAGAGACCGAAGCUGAGGUUGUCGAGUUCGUCAAUGAAGCCAACAAGUUCAUUGGAGAUUGCUUCCAACAGUACGAGCAUGCAUUGUCGUCUUACGCGUUUGUCGGUACAACUCUCGACAACUUCUUUGGGAACUCAAAGGGCAACAGCACAUCUGCAUUCUAUCAUGCUCAAGCACUGAGCCACGCACUUGGUGACCUUGAGUCCAUUCAUGGUGGUGGCCAUGCCAAGGUCCAGGAGUACGAAGACAAGACAUUGCAGCUCUACAAGGCAAAGGAUGUCGUACCUUUUACUGCUUGCGCUAGUGGUCUCAAAGAAGCGCUAUCCGAUAGCAAGAAGCUCGACAGACAGACAAACGAGCUGGUGGCUGAUCUCACUGGCUUGGACGCCGCACAGUCCCCUGAGAAAGCCAUUACACAGCUCGUCAUGCUUAAUGCCUUGUUCCCUGAGAGCAAGCAAGCUGAUAGCAUUGUUGCCAAGCAGCGUCUCAUUUUCUUGAUGAAGCACAUCCUCCCUUGGCUUGACAAUGAUGAAAUUGUCACUCCUAUCAAAGCUGAGACUUGCAAAACUCUGCUGUUCGUCCUUCCUGGUGUCAGCGAUAUAUACGGUGAGCACUGGUCACAGAUUCUGGCAUUCUUGGCGCAUACAUGGGAAUUGGGCUUCGUUCGCGACGAGAUCGCUGAUGAGAGCCGCAUGGCUUUGAUCUACACCACCCUUCAACUUUCCUCGAUUCUUCGCAGCCUCAAGUCAAGCGAAGAGCCUAACGACGACCUUGUUGAUGCUUGGAAGGAGAGCUCCGAAGUGCUUUACAUGGGCCUGAUGAACCUCGUCAGACAAGGCCAAGGUCAGUCAGACGAACAUCAUGAACCUUUGAAAGCUCUUUUCCAGUCCUUGGGUAGUGAAGUCGCAAAGUGGUCUACUGGUGAGGUCGAGGACGAGGCGGAGCUAUACCCUCUUCUCUACACACCAUCAAAAGCUCUGCANAAGACAGCCUUCGACAUCCUGCAUCGAGUCAUUCCAGCUGCACAGGAGCAGGUCUCAUUCGAUGCAGCGCUCGAGAAGAAGACAGCUAAACUGCCUGAAGAGUUGUUGUCUUUGCUGCUUGCGCCACCUACGUUGGACAGCCUGGCGGAUGCCUCUUUCCGCACAGGUAUCCCUCACGAGUUGCAAGCAUACCUCUACAGCUGGCAGCUCGUCUUCGAUCACUUUGCAAACUCCAGUUACCAAGUCAAGUCUGAUUAUGUCGAAGCCUUGCGGGAAGGCGAGUAUCUCGGUCAUCUGCUGGAGGUGACAUGGGAGCUUCUGGGCCAUGUUCGUGGCCGUCCUGUCGACGUAUCCAAGUACGACAUUCGCAAAUUCGACUACCUCGACCAACAAGGUGACCUCGAAGGCUUAAGUGCAGACAAGCGCAUGCACUGGCUCCUAGCCCACCUCUACUACCAAUCCCUCAUGCACGUGCCCUCACUCACAAAAUCCCACUUCCUAGCCAUAAAAUCGCGUCAAACAGGUUUAGCCGUCGAGAGCUGGACAGCCAAAUACAUAGCUCCCCCACUCGUCUCUGCAUCUCUGGAUUCCGUAGCUCAAUGGGCAGACACCGUAAAAACCGACCCGGACUACGAAGGCUGGAACGUCAAAGUCUCGCCCCGCAGCCGCGAAGUCCAUUUCUCCUAUCUCGUGGACGAGCAAACCAUGGCCAUUGUUUUGCGUCUCCCAGAAACCUAUCCUUUGGCUUCUGCACGCGUCGAAGGGCUCAACCGCGUCGCCGCCGACGAGAGAAAAUGGCAAUCCUGGCUGCGCAACGCUCAAGGCGUGAUNCAAUUCUCCAACGGCAAUCUAAUCGACGGCCUCACGACUUGGAAACGCAAUGUCACUGGUGCACUCAAGGGACAGUCUGAAUGUGCCAUUUGCUACAGUAUUAUUUCUGGAGACAGGCAGUUGCCGAGUAAGAGGUGCAGUACGUGUAAGAAUCUGUUCCACAGUUCGUGUUUGUUCAAGUGGUUCAAGACGAGUAAUGCGAGUACUUGUCCGCUGUGUAGAAANCCCUUUAAUUAUGGUUAG